AUGAUCAUACUAAAUAACACGAGACGAUGCAAACAAUUCUGUAAUAUACAUGCAAAUACUGUCUAUCGGUUUAACAAUUUCUUUCUUUCAUUCUUUCUUUCUUUCUUUCUCAGCAUAUUUAUCUCUAUCACAACCUGUUCUACCUAUCUAAGUAAGUUCAUGUCUGUCUGUUCGUAUACGUUUACAUAUCUCAGAAUAUUAAUAUCUAUCUAUCUAUCUAUCUAUCUAUCCAGCAAACCAGCAGUUUAUAUGUCGGGCUAUCAUCACCGAGUCUUUUAUUCACUUUUUGUUCCUUUUCACUCCCUAGGCAUUUACCAUUUUUUCUUCUUCCUCUGCAAGUUAGCGUUUUUUUAUUAUGUUCAUCUUUCGUUUAUCUUUUUAUUAUUUACUCCUUUUCUGUUUAACUCUCUUCAAACCUCUUCUUUCUCUACGUAUAAAGUUUUUUCAUUUGUUCCUUUUUUCUCCUUGAUGCUCUAUCUGUUUCUUUCUUUUUCACUUCUAUUUUUUUUUUUUUUACGAUGGACCCAUUUAUUUAUUUCAUCCCUUUCUUAUUCUUUCUUCAAUGUUAUUUUAUUCAUCAAUUUUACAUUAUUUUGUUUUCCUUUUCUUUGA